UUGAAAUAACACGUGAAAAGGUGUUUGGCUCGAACUAUGAAGGAGAAGAAAAAUAUUGUUGUCAAUAGCGCAGGUCUCUGAGUUAAAUUAAUAAGGAUGAGUUCACAAAGUAAAGAAGAUGCGGGAGCUGACGCGGAUUAUUCUUUCCUCGACCAGGUUUUGAGUAAGAUGUAUGAUUUUGGUGAUGACUCAAGAGCAGGAAGGAAGAAGAAGAAGAAGUGUAACAAGAGAAAAAGACAGAAGCUGGACAUGGUGUCUUCUGAGGACUUGUCUGGUGAUGACGAUGAUGAUGGUCUUGGGGACGGAGAGGAGGGCGGCGAUGGACCCGCAGACCCAGGGAUGCUUCCCGAAUCGCAGUCCCGCGCAGGUGGGCGAAGGACCGGAGAGACGACAGAGGUGGAGACGGUGACCUUCCGCGACCCCUUCAAGAAAAAGAACAAGACAGAAAGCAAAGACUCUGAAAUAAAGCUUCCCCAAACAAAUGAGAAAGGAGAAAAGGCUCCAAAGAGCUUUGGCUUAGAAACGGCUCGUUUGGAAGUUCACAGAUUUGGAAUCGCCGGCUUCCAGAAGCAGCAGCAGAGGCUAUUUGAACGGGAACGAGCCAUCAUGCUGGGAGCGCGGCCACCUAAGAGGGAGUACGUCAAUUACAAGGUUUACCAGCAGACCCUCAAGGAGAAGAAACAGGAGAAGAAAGAGAUGAAAUCGGAAACCAAGAAGAAGAAGAAGAAGCAAGAGACUAGAAAGAAAGUUGAAAAAAGGAAGUCUUCAGGCGAGUUGCCCACAGGACAGGUGGGACGGUUCAAGAACGGCAUGUUAAUUCUCAGCUCCAAAGAAAUACAGAGCAUUAAACAUUCUAGGGUAAUAAAGUAGGAUUUACAGUAUUGUUAAUUCUUUUUUUUAGAUUCUGUACUAUAUUUUUGGUGUACCAGUGUAUUUUAUUGUCUAAUAUUAAAGUAUCAGUUUGCACAAACC